AUGUCUGAUGAGGCCACCAAACCUUUCAAGAAAGUCGCAAACAGCGUGAGAAGGAAGAGAAAAACCACUUUGGCACGGUUCAAUGGAGAAGGGGGGUCUGCAAUCCAGGACUGUUUCCUUUCGGUUCCUCCGGGUGCUGUGGCGGGAGAGGACUUCGUGGCAGAGAUUUCGCCUGAUGAAUGCGCGAUCGUCACCCUUCCGCACGGUGUCGGACCUGGUGACUUGCUUCAAGUGAAAGUUUGCUACUCGGGCCAGGACACGCACCUGGAAGUCUUACAGCACAUCCAACGUCCGACGCUGCACAACCACAACCAUCGAAAACUAAGGACUAUCAGCAGUGUAGCCGGCUGCUGUGCUAUGCUGGCCGUUACCAUAGCGAUCUUGGUGCCCAACUGGGUGGCCGUUAGCGAUGGAGCCAGCCUCCAAGUGCCAAUCAAGAACACAUUGGACUAUUGGCAAUACAGCGGGAAGGCUUCACGCAAACUUGGUCAUACAUCGCGAAGCAGUGUCAGGCAGCGUGCCUGGAAGACCUUCCGCCGGAUCAGCUCCAAUACCAUCAGCAAAGGCCUGGCAGCAAGUGAUGUUCUGCCGCACGUCCACACAUGCAACCAUGUCAGCUUUCAGUGCCACCACCCGCAGUCGCUGAUGCAGGUGUCGCAGGGACUCCAGGCUGGUCUGCAGUCGUACACGCGCAGGGCUGCUACUGCAACUGUGACAGGUUGCGAUCUCUUGCUUGGCCGGUCGUCCUUCCUGGGGCUUCUGCUUGCCAUGUCGGUUCAGAUCUGGGCUGUGCUUUCUGUCACUGCCAUGCGGUUUUGGCAUGCUGUGGCGCUGGGCCUCCUUUCAAUGACACUGCACGGGUGGGCUGUCGCGCACUUUCUGCUUGAGGUCGGACGAGUCUUUCCAUCUUACACGCUGCGUUGGUCCAUGUGGUUCGAUGUUGCUGGUUUCGCAUUCCAGCUGACGGCCUUGCUUCUGGUGCUUGUACUGCGAAUGCGUGCUCAGCAAAGCUCCCGACUCCUCGGUUUGGAUUUCCAUUUUCUAGAGGAUGUCAUGCUGCUGAGAGAAGCACAGUCCCAUAUCGUGGCCUGGGGCAAUGUCAGCUGCUUUUCAGAGACGCAGCCGUUUGACGCGUGCUGCCUUGCCGGGCUGCAGUUGUAUGACACGACAAACCGAUUGUGCAUGUCCAGCUGCCAGCCACGGUCGUGCUUCCGUCAGAGGUCGUACGCAAGCUGCUGCCAGGUCACGAGACCGCUGCGAUUGUAUGGUCGCAGAAAGGCAGCCAACCAGUGUUUCAGUGGCUGCGGAGAGCCCUCGUGGGCGGAAUUCCUGCGAGUCUUUCGCUUGUCCCACGGCUGCGCGCACUGUAUCGGGCGACACGACCUGAUAAAGGCCGCGGAUGCCGUCUUGAAGCAGAGCUGGGCAGCAGAGCGAAGCAUCGAAGCUUGCCGUGCUGGACGAAUCGCUGCUGCCUUCGUGGUUCUAGUGGCCGCUGCCGUGUCUCGGGCAUCAGCAGCCCCUCUGGCAGUCCAUUCUGGCGAGGCAGCCUCGCUAAUAACAGGCAUGCUGGCCUGCGAUCACACCUCGUUGGAAUGGUGGCAACUUCUCGGUGUCACAGACCGACAGAUGCAGUAUGUCGUUGCGCAGAUGGAGCCGAUCCCGUUUCUCCGGUCGAGCAUAAAUCUCCCGGCAUACCUCGGUGAGGCUUUCAACUGGUCCACAGCGAGCUUGGACAUCGGCGCAGGAGGCUUCGGUGACACUCUCUACAUGCUGGCGCGGCAGAUGCGUGUGCUGGCCGUGGACGCUCGCCCAGCUACCUCAGAGCCCUGGAUGAUGAGCCACGCUUGGAAGGCUGCUCACAAGGGCCACCUCGAGGUGCUGCCACGGGCAGUCACUGCUGUUGGUGGGGCCACCGUCCCUCUCUUCCUCGACAGGCACGGGCAGGGGCUCAUGAGCUCCCUCAACACGACCAUCGUACCAGGUGUUGACCUCCAUGCGCUGGAGGAGAUCCAGGUCCAGAGCAGCUCUUGUGAUGAGCUUCACAGGUACUGCGCGCGCGGCCGUUCCGUCACAUACAUGAAGGUGGACGUGGAAGGGCUGGAUGUGGAAUGCGUUCGUAAGCUCUCCAGUGAUAUCAAGAUGUCGCAUGGAGCUGUUUCCAAGCCCGAGUUUUUUUCCAUCGAGCUCCCGGACUCUGCCGCCAAAGUGCUGGAACUUAUUGAAGUCUUGGGGGGCAUGGGAUACACGUCCUUCAAAAUCUGUCGGCAGCGAUUGUACAACCUUCGACUAGUACGUGGUCCACGUUAUGCAGCAUCUGGCCCAUUCGGUCAUGAUGCGGUCGACUUUCUUCGCGGGCCCAGAUGGCGCGAAGCUUCUGAGAUCAGCCUCGAGCUGCUCCGCCUUGUCAACUGGGAGAGAAGGAGAUAUCUGGAGUGGUUUGAUCUUCACGCUGGAGCCAUCGCAGCCAAAGGGGGGAAGAGCAGUACGAGUGGGAUGAGACUGAUCCAGGAGCAGGCUGGUCAUCAGCUGCCCAGGUGGCGCACAUAUGGGUUCACGCCAGCGGGUUUGUUCACCACCUACAAGGCCCUCAAUGCCAGAAUACGUGCAGCUGCAAAGUGCCGGCAUCACCUGCGUCAAGUCCAGGACAGACGUUUCGGCUGGCUCCGUGCAUCCUUCUUGUACAUGCUGAGCCUGUCCGGAGCUUCGAGUCUUUCUGUGCAAAUCAAAGCUGCCUGGUCCUUGCUGGUGAAGACUCAGGCCGUCGCAUUUUCUGAAGACCUUCGACUGGAACGGAAUCCGGCGAAUAUGGUACGGCCUUGUGCUGAUGGGUUUGUUUUGAAGUGCAUCUCCAGCAUGUUUCAGAGUUCGGCAUUGCGAACUAUCUGCCUUCAUGAUGCCAUGAUGGAAGUAGCAGUUCGCAAAGGUCCAAAGUCAGAGGAGGAUGGGGUGCGAAAGUUUGGCGUGACCUCCAUGGUGGUAAUCAACUACAUGCUCUACCGCCGCAGCAACAUUAUCAUGACUGUUGUGUUCCUAGGCUUGUUCAUUGCAUGGUCCCUGGAAGAUUUCCGCUCGCGGAGCAGCGCGGAGGAGCUGGAAAAAGCUGUGGAUCUGACGAGCUAUGAGAAGUUUGUCAUGGACAAACAUGCCACCGGGGAGAACGCAACUUUCUUGUCCUACUCAGAAGAGGUUAUGAUGCAGACCUUCUCUGCCAUUCAGUUGCAAAGCGCCGGCCUAACUACCUGGAAAGCCAUCAUCAAAAUGCUUUUCCUGUUCAUGUCGCCGGGUGCUCAGAGAAGCCGAAGCCACAGCACCAUCUGCUCGGGUGCUGCCAGGGAUGGCAUAUGGCUUCUUUGCCAUGAGGCGCUGGAACUAUUUGAGAACAUCGCAGCUGCAAUCAUUACUUUUCCCUUCCUGAUCACAUUCGUGCCGACUUCUGAUCUGCUGGACUGGACGCUCUCUGAAAAAAUCUUUGCUCACCAUCUCGAGGAGGCGCGCAGGCACUUCCACACAGAUGAAAUCGUAGCUGCGUGUAUGCUGAACGAUCCUGUCGAGACGUUCGAAGUGGCACGUCCUGUCAUCAAGGCGGUGUGCCCUGUUCUUCAGCAGCGUGUCCCGUACAUUAUGCCGGGCGUGGUGAGAGUGACGGUGCUCGGCAAAGCUGUGCCGGUUACAAUUAGCAGCUGGCUGCCAUGGUUGAUGAAUAUGGUGCCAGAGGGAACAAACUUGAAGCCAGUGCACCAGAUCUGUGAAAAGGCAUUAGUUGUAACGGACAGCAACUUGACCGCCGACUUGUGUAGAGUGUUAAGCGAGGUCUGUAAAAGCUUGGGGACCUUCCUGUACAAGAACGUGCCCGCAAAGGCGACGACCGCGCUGACGGAGCUAAAAGAGGCCCUACGUGAGAAGCAACAGGAGUCUACGGAACAGGCCGCGUACCAGCUGCACUUUGUAGACCAGGUUGCGGGCUUCGACGAGGUUCCUCUGCGGCUUUUCAGUCAAACCUGGGACUCCCGCUUGGAUGGGAUUCUGGUUCGAGCUGGGGGCGAUGGCACUGGCUGCAGCCUGUUCUCAGUGCCACCAGCAGUUCAAGCGCAGGAGGCUGUGGUCGUAGUGGGUCCCAAGGAGCGAGGUCGGGGCUCGUGCAGCGUCAAACAUAUCCUGCACCUUGCGGACAAGGUUGGUGUGCGGGCGGUCCUGGUUCUUGAUCCGAAGCGUGUUGUGAGUCGGGUUCCAUCCCCUCCAAGGGUGACAGUCGGCGUCGUUGCCUCUGUGCUCGACAGUCAGGCCAUUCUGCGUCUGCUGGAAAAGCCUGAAAUGCACAGCGGGAUCCACGUCGACAUUCGGUAUUCUCCCGUCUUCGGCCUACAAGCUUCCGCGCGAACUUCUGCCGGCUGUCUCUGCAAAGGAGCCGCCAAAUGCACUUGCAGCGUUUCGUUUAAAUGUGCUCUGCCCCUGUGCUCCAAGAAGCGCAACCCAGAAACUCCAAUAUCCCUUAAUAUACCUGAAAAUCCAGUAGGAUCCCCUGUGUGA